UCAUACAAAAAUGGACGGUGCAUUCGAUCACAUUCACGAUGGAAUAUUGGAGUGAACUUCCGGACCGAGAAAGGAUUCAGGGAGAAGGACAAAAAAGAAAUUCAAACAAUGGCUACUAAGUUGCUGAAUCUUAGAAAGGCUAUUGCUAUCUUCAAUUCUCCAUUUUGCACAAAAUUUUCCCCAAUCUCCGAUUCUAGGGUUUGUAUUUUGCUACAAUGGGCAUCAAUUUCUUCCCUGAAAGUCCAUUGGCGUAAAGAUCAACUACUGGAUAAAGCCAUUGAAGACGAAAAGAAAUGGAGACUUUGCGCCAGAGUAGUGAAAGAGGUUCUCAAUGAACCAGGUCAGGUAAUGCCAUUGAGGUAUUUAGAGAAGCGAAGAGAGAGAUUGAAGCUUAAACUUCGAGCUAAAACCUUUAUCAACCAGAAUCCCCUUCUCUUCGAUACGUAUCUUGAUCGAAUCAGACCCAAGUCUGAACCCGUUGAAUUUAUCCGCCCUAGUUGUUCGCUUCUUACUUUUUUGGAAGAGGAGCAGCGGAUUUUCUCUCAAAAUGAGCCUUUAAUUGUUGCAAAAUUGUGCAAAUUGUUGAUGAUGUCAAAAAAUAAGGUGAUAAACGCGGAGAAAUUGGUACACGUUAAGAGAGAUUUUGGGUUUCCUAAUGAUUUUUUAACUAAGUUAGUGCCGAAAUACCCUAAUUAUUUCAAAUUAGUUGGUUCUUCAGAGGAUAAAUCCUUCCUAGAGCUGGUUUCUUGGGAGCCAAAAUUUGCGAAAUCUGUGAUCAUGCAUAAAGCCGAGGAAGAAGAGAGGUUAACAGGAAUUAGGGUUAGACCUUCUUUUAAUUGGAGAUUACCAUCUGGGUUUUACAUCAAGAAGGAAAUGAGGGAAUGGGUUAGGGAUUGGAUAGAAUUACUCUACAUAAAUCCUUAUGAUGAUGCAUCUAAUUUGGACUCUGCUUCUAGGGAAAUGGAGAAGAGAAUGAUUGGAGUACUUCAUGAAUUGUUAUCUUUAUCAUUGUUUAAGAGGAUUCCUGUUCCAAUUAUAGGAAAAUUUUGUGAAGAUUAUAGGUUUUCGAAUGCAUUUUCAAAUGCAUUCACUAGGCAUUCUGGGAUAUUCUACAUGUCCUUGAAAGGUGGGAUAAAGACUGCAGUGUUGAGAGAAGCAUAUCAGAAUGGGGUUUUGAUUGAUCGAGAUCCGUUGCUCGAGAUUAAGGACAAGUUUGUUGAGUUAUUGGAGGAAGGAUGGAAAGUGAGGAGUCAACAAUUGAGAUUGAGUACAGAAAUUGUUCAUAAGGAUAUGGAAUCAAUGGCACUUCUAAAACCAGAGCUACAAUGUCAAGAGACUAAUGAACAGCUUUGAAAAAUUGUUUUGUUGCUAGAGACAGAAUGCUUACUCAUGUGCACUGGAAUUGAAAUGCUCUAAAACAUUCACUAAGGUCUUAUAUACUAAUUUCUGGUAGACAAUAUCAGAUUGUUAAUCAAAAGAUAAUUGAUUUUUUUUAUUCUUUUUCAGGAGCUGGAAGAUUAUGUCGGCGAAGUAGGAGUGAGGUUUUCAUGACAGGAGCUACAAUGGGCAUAAUUGUAAUAAACUAGAAAAUGUUGCUCACACAAAAUCAAUGCUAUAAUUUACAACUGUAUCUGGCAACCUAAGCUACUUUUUAGGAGAUGGUAAAUUCACUCUCUUGCUCAUUCUUUUUUAUAUAAUUAUCAAAGAAGGAUCUUCUUGUGAAUUGUGACCAACAAAUAGUGCAUGAAUUCCCUACUAUUUAAGUACAAGAUAGGUUCAAUCUAGCUUACGUACCGAACAGUCUUUUUUAAUCUAUCAUUUUAUUUGUGAUGUUGCUGAAAAUGGAGAGAAAAAAGAUUGCUGUCAUGAUUCUUAUUGCUGCUCUUUUAUCUGUGAUAUCGAAGUCAAAUAGUCAAGUUAGACCAUCCCCGACAAUGCUACUCCCAACGUUUCCAACCCUGCGUCCUCUGUGCUUGUCUCAAUUCGCUCUUGUUAACCACGCGUGUUCUAUUCUUCCUUACACUCCAACGCCCCCUCCUGCUCCACCCUCUCCGGCUACGCCUGUAGAUGCCCACCCCCCGUGCCCUAAUAAAACUAGUCAUCGGCAUGGGCACCACCGCAGGCACAGUCAUAGCAGCUGUAAUUCCCAUAUCAGUGCUGCAGAGGAUGAGUGUUGCCGCUGGUUGAAAGAAGUUGAUGCUAAAUGUGUCUGUGAUUUGCUGGUACAUCUGCCUGUAUUUCUAGCCAAGCCUGCUCAUAAUUACACGGUGGUUGUUAGUGAUGACUGUAGUGUCACCUACCAGUGUCCAAGCCGGAUGCUUACUUGAGACUGGAUUUUGGUGAUAGGGUAUGUAUGUAACACUAAAGAAGAGGGUAUUGUAUUUUCUCAAGUUACAGUUUGCAUAUUUUGCUUCCUUUUGUGUGUACUUUUCAAAUAAAUAGCUCUCUGCAUAUAGUAACUCAUUUGUUGUAUGUUUGCUUAACUGUUUUGUUGUAUCUUGUAUGUUUCACUAAUAUUUUUGCGAAUCUCGAAUCAUAAAAAGCAAAUUAUGGUUGAUUGUGAA